CCAUCCCAAGUCACAGGCUCACAGCUCUAUCUACCAGUUCCACAGGUGUGGGGUGGAGCAUACCGCGCGCACCUCCACCCCUGCAUCCGUCUACGGCUAGCGAUGGUGACGGCCGCCGCCGCCGCAUCCACGUCGCUCCGGCCACUGUCUUCGUCCCCAUCUCCCAUCGCGAGUUUGCCCCGUCGGUGGUGUUGGGGGAUCCCGGUGCAGUCCGCCGGGCGGAGCGCAUUCCAUGCGGAACGGCGGAGACGGACGACUUUAUUAUGCGCAGCUGAUAAACCUCCUGAAGAAUCCCUCAAAAAGACCGUAGAAGUGGAUAGGCUGAUUGAUAUGCUGAGGAAUGCAAAUCCUAGAGAGCUUGAUCAAAUAGUGGUUGAAAAUGUUCUGUCAUUCGACGCUGGUUUCUGGGUUCGGCUAGCAGCUAGAAUUGACCUCUGCAAAUCAGAUGAUGAUAAAAAAGAUUAUGAAGAGCUGGCAGAAAAUGUCAUGAACAUUGUUGACCGGCUUGUUCACAAGACUAAUCAAAAGAUUGAUCAGUCAACAGAUGUGCUGAAGGCAAUCAUUAGUCCUGUGAUGCAUGAGGGAGAUGUGCAGUGGCCACCAAGAGGUCCAGACACUCUCAAAUUGAUGGAGAAAGAAUUAACACGCCGAGAACAAGAAGGACAGCUUGAUGAGGGAUUUCUGUCAGAAGUUAGUGCUCAGUUGAGGCAAGCUAAACAAGAUGGAGAUAAGCCAGGGCUUCAAGCUAUGCUACAAAAAGUGUUGCAGUUAUAUGCUUCCAAAUCUCUCCAAAAACGUAGCUAUGCAUACAAAGGGGGGCAAGUCGUAGUUCCCGAAAAGUUCCUCGAAUGUGUAAUACAGGCGCCCGAGAAUGAGUGGAACACGGUGUUGCUUGACGGGCUUACAGUAGGAAAAGGAGACGUUUCACCAGAUGAUCUUUAUGCCGUUAUUAACAAGAGAAUUGAGAGAGUCUUGAUUCGUACGGAAGGUGGUUCGUACCAACAACGCAUACUGGUUGAGUAUCUAAAAGAGAUACAGGCUAGAGCAGAGGAAGUCGUCAAAGUGCUCCAGGGACCAACAAUAUAAAAUCUGCUGAUCCUGUUUACACUAUACAUGUUUUCCUGUUUGCCGUAGUCUGAUGGAGCAAUGGCUUAAUUUUAUUGAAGUUGUUUGGCAGAGAACUAGGAGUAGUUUCAGAUAUGCCUGAUGCUGGACCUGAUCACACAAAGAGCACAGGGAAUGGAGAGAAGAGAUAAGCCAGGAGAAGCGCACAUUACAGCAAAUCGCCCUUGCUUAUUCGCGUCAUCGCGUGAUUGUCCAUUUUACGUUUCUGAAGCUAGCUUUCAUCCCGAAGGCCUGGCUGGUUUAGCUGUUGGGAUAAUAAGAUUUUCUGCUUUUGUCCGACUGAAGACUGUAGUCUGCUACGGCUAUACAUACAGAACUACAUAUGGAGAAGUAAAAAUCCUGAUAUCUUUAAAAGGAAAA